CUCACUCCCUUCUCUUCAGCCCGGGAAUAAACACGGAGCGGCGGCAGCAGCUGGAUUGACCUCCCCGGGCGCGCGCCAUCCAUGGUCCUCCCCUGGAUGCCUGUCUGACAGGAGGACUGCUGCUGCUUUGCUGAAGUGGAAGAGGCCGGCCUGAGUCAGAGGUGACGAGCGUGAGAUCGAAGUCCUCCCAGGCAGCAGGGGGCAGCGGCAGGCAUGCACGAGUCCGCCUCGGAUGGCAAAAUGGCCAAACAGGACCACAACUCCAAGCUCAUGGACGAACACAGAGAAACGGACGACAUGUCUGAGAAGACGUCGCCCAACAAGAACCCCAAAUCUCCCCAGAAAGGCUCCAAGCGGCUCAAGACGGUCCCUUUCAAAGUGACCCUGCUGGAUUCCUCGGAGUUCGAAGGAGAAAUCGAGAAGCACUCCAAGGGACAGACCCUGAUGGACAUGGUGUGCGAGCACCUCAACCUGCUGGAGAAGGACUACUUCGGUCUGACCUUUGCCGACACGGACAGCCAGAAGAACUGGUUGGACCCCUCCAAAGAGAUCAAGAAGCAGAUGCGCAACUCCCCGUGGCACCUCGCCUUCUCCGUCAAGUUCUACCCUCCGGACCCCUCCCAGCUCACAGAGGAUAUCACCAGAUACUACCUGUGUCUGCAGCUGAGGGACGACAUGCUGUCAGGCCGCCUGCCGUGCUCCUUCGUCACUCACGCCCUGCUGGGCUCCUACAACCGUUCAGGCCGAGCUGGGGACUACGACCACGACGACCACGGCUCCGACUACGUCACCGACUUCCGAUUCGCCCCCAAUCCGACCCGCGAGCUGGAGGAGCGGGUGAUGGAGCUCCAUCGAAACUACAAGGGGAUGACUCCGGCUGAGGCCGAAAUUAACUUCUUGGAGAACGCAAAGAUGUCGAUGUACGGAGUGGCCCUCCAUCACGCCCAAGGUUAGCCGUCUGCACAGUCAUUUCAAUUUUCUCAAAGUAGGUUUUUCUAGACCGCAUUAAUCCUCGCUCAUGAAUAAUUUGUGCCCGUUGUUUUGCUGCAGGAUUCUGAAGGGAUUGAAAUCAUGCUGGGCGUCUGUGCCAACGGUCUGCUCAUUUACCGCGAUCGGCUGAGGAUCAACCGCUUCGCCUGGCCCAAGAUCCUCAAGAUCUCAUAUAAGAGGAGCAACUUCUACAUCAAGAUAAGACCCGGAGAGUACGAACAGUUCGAAAGCACCAUCGGCUUCAAGCUUCCCAACCACAGAGCUGCCAAGAGGCUGUGGAAGGUCUGCAUCGAGCAUCACACCUUCUUCCGCCUGGUGUGUCCGGAGCCGCCUCCCAAAGGCUUCCUGGUGAUGGGUUCCAAGUUCCGCUACAGCGGGAGGACGCAGGCUCAGACCCGGCAGGCCAGCGCUCUCAUCGACCGGCCCGCCCCGCACUUCGAGCGCUCCACCAGCAAGAGGUACCUGCUGUCCCGGAGCCUGGACGGAGAGUUCUCUCGGCCGGUGUCGUCCAUGUGCGAGAACCACGACGGCCUGUCCCACCGCAGCGUCAGCGAGCAGCGCCGCCUCCGCAGCCCGUCGGUGGACGAGCAGGAGACGGAGCUGGAGCCCAGCAUGCAGGACGAGGAGGACCGGGACCUGGACCAGGACCAGGGCCAGGACCCGGACACACUCAGCAGAGACCAGGACGGGAACGUGACUCCCAGCAGGAAGAAGGACAUCAUGGAGGAGGCUGGGUCACCAGUUGACAGUAAAUAUGAGUUGGACCAGGAGGCCACGCCUCGCCACAAACAGGAGUUCCUGGACAAGUCGCAGGACGUCUUGCUCAAGCACCAGGCGAGCAUCAACGAGCUGAAGCGAGCGCUGAGGGAGCCCAACAGCAAGCUGAUGAACCGCGAGAAGCGCCUGUCGGCGACCUCCCCGACGGGCACGCCCGAGAAAAAAGCUUUGGUGGGCCGAGCGGCAGGAAAGGAUCCCGUCAACAGCCUGACUGUUGAAGAUAAGCCUCAGAUGGAUUAA